UAAUAAUGCUAAUAUAAUAUAAACGCUUCAUAUUUGAUAUAGUCUUGGUCCAUGAAGUCAAAUUCAACUUUACAUAGUAACAAAAACUUUUAUGCAAUAAGAAUCUGAAAAUGUUUAUUUCCAUAAAAAAGAAAGAAAAUUAAUUCUUCGCCCAAAAAUUAUUCUGGAACAAGAAAGUUACCAUGAAGCUUCCUUUGUAUAUUUGGUCGGAGCCAUGAAGCUUCCUUGCCUCCUUCCUUUUUCCUUUUUAGUUUACUUUUUCUUCUCCUUUCAAAGGCUGAAAGCCGAAAAUGAUUUGAGGAAGACACUGAAGCCUGAAAUCUGAAUAUAACAAAUAAAACACACUGCAUCUCUAUUAAUAGUCCUUUUUUUCAGAAUUAUUACUCUUAUUUCAUCAAUGGCUGGUAUGCUUCCUGGUGUUGAAUGUGCUAGAAGGAGACGGAUCUAUCAAAGCGGGGGGUCGUCUGAUUCACCAAGCCUGGCAGCGACUGGCUUGACAAGGAGAUCCACUUUUUGUUUGUAUACAAGCAACCAUGAAACUCAUAAUAGCUCUGUUUCUUCUCAGAAGCAAAGGAGCAUAUUAAUUCAAGCCCAUCAAGAUGAGAGGUUGGGAGGGGCAGCAGGAGAAGCCAAGGAAAGAUUAGAUCAGAGGCUGAGAACACAAAGAAAAUCAAAACCCGAAAGGCAAAAUAGCAAAGAAAGUUUGAAGUGCGUGGAUGGGAGAUGUUUGAUUCAAGGAGAGUUGCAUACAGAAGCGUCUGGGUCAAAGAAGAGUGGUCAGAAGAGGUUCAGUUGGACCAAGUUGAGGUGGAAGGCCUCGGUUCAGGAGGAGUGCGCCAUAUGUCUAGAACGGUUCAAGGCUGGUGAGACCCAGGUUCAUCCCCCAUGCUCGCAUCAGUUUCAUUCAAGGGGCCUACCUGGUCACAUGGCCAGAGAAUAAUGCUCAUUGCCCAUGUUGUAGAAGAAAAUUAUUUUUUCUUCCCAUCCUAGCAAUUUUCUUGUUCCGGUAGGAUGCCAAAGAAUUCUUGUAGCCUUCUAAGGUUGGUAUGCUAAAAAUGCAUGACAUAACAUGACAUUUAAUGGAUUACCCACGAAUCUGGAAAUUGUUAGCUCCAUAUAUAUGAAAUUAAAAUUUCUAAUUCUUCUCAUGUUUAUAGUUGUAGCUUUCCUUAUUUCAAAAUGGUUGAUCGUGUUAGCAUUUUGGUUUUCAAAACAAAAAGAUUUAAAUUCAAUUCUUUAAAUGUUCGGCUGCUGAUUUCAUCGUUUGGUACUUUUCCAAAAGCUUUUAUGGUAUAAUAAGCCAACAAUGCCGUCCAAUCAUAUCCAUAGUCAACUUUUCCUUGAUAAUUAGUAUAUACUUGGUCAUUUUUUUCUUCUUAUAUUUCGUUUUGGUAAAUUUUACUAAUUUCCUUAUGUUAUCCCUUAAUUAGGGUUUAAAGAGGGCAACUCAAAAACAGAAGAAAGCAAGUUUUUUCUCCCUCCCUCAUUUAGGUAAAGAGAGAUUUGAUUUUUUAGGGAAACAUCCAUCUUCAUCACCAAUAGCUAACUGCUAUGAGAAAACCGCGAUUCACACUAUUAAUUUUAAAAAGGGAGGAAAUAUCUUAGUAAUUUUAUUC